AUGACUGUCGAAUUGAAGAAAAUGUUGAGGAUCUAUAAACCGUUCAGUCGAUUUAAACCGUUCGUUCGAUCUCAUCAUCAAUCAAAUUUAAAUUUAAAUCAAGCUUUAGUAUUCAAACUUCAUUUCCAUUCGACUUUACCCGAUCGAAAUCAAAAUCGAAAUCAAAAUAACAAUACCAAUCGAAUUGAACAUACCAAUCGAAUUCAAACCGAAGAGGAUUCAGCUCAAGCAACAACGUUAUCAUCGACUUAUCAUCAAACAAUUAAAAAUCACUUUGAUCAAUCAAAACAAUUCAUUAAACCAUACCUUGCAAUCUCUAGAAUUCAAUCACCGAUAGGAUCGAUUUUAUUAUUUUUACCAUGUGCAACUUCAAUCACUUUAGCAUCAACAUCAAUUUUAUUACCACCAAGUCAAUUGAUAUAUCAAUUAGGAAUUUUCGGUUUAGGUGCAUUUGUGAUGAGAGGAGCAGGUUGUACAAUCAAUGAUCUUUGGGAUCGAAACAUUGAUUCAAAAGUCAAAAGAACUGAAAAUAGACCAUUACCUUCUGGUUCGAUUACGAUACCUAAAGCUAUCACUUGGCUUGGAUUACAACUUACUGUUGGUCUAGGGGUUUUGAUUCAACUCAAUCCUUAUAGUAUCCUUUUAGGUAGUUGUUCACUUCUUUUGGUCGUCAUUUAUCCUCUUAUGAAACGUAUUACUUAUUGGCCUCAAUUAGUACUUGGAUUUGCUUUCAAUUGGGGUGCAUUACUUGGUUCAUCAGCCAUCUUGGGUGCAACAGAUUGGAAAGUAGCAUUACCACUUUACUUCGGACAUGUUGCUUGGACAAUCAUUUAUGAUACGAUUUAUGCACAUCAAGAUAAAGAAUUUGACUUAAAAGUCGGAGUUAAAUCAACUGCCAUUUUAUUUCAUAAGAAUACCAAAUUGAUUUUAACUGGAUUUAGCCUUACAAUGAUUAGUUUGAUCGGUUUAAGUGGUUAUUUUAAUGAAGUUGGAUUAUGGUUUUAUUUGAUUUCUUGUUUUGGUAGUUCUUUACAUUUGUUAAAUUUGAUUUAUAAACUUAAUAUUCAUAAUCCUACUUCUUGUUUAAAUGCUUUUAAUCUUUCUACCCUUACUGGUUUUUUGAUUUGGUUUGGUUGUUUAGUGGAUUAUAGUAUUAAAUAUUUAUCAAAUCAAGAAGAAGAAAAAGAAAAAGAAAAGAAAGAAGCACUAAAAGCUAUAGAAUCUUGA